AUGAACUCUGAAAUACAAGAGCAAACUCCCCACACGGACGCCGACGUGAUAAUUGAGUCAUCGAAGGAGGAAGUAACGCAGAUCGAAAUCAGAACUGCCGGGUCAAAUAUACCAAUAUUGGAAGAUUAUUCCAUUCGGGAAGAUAAUGAGAUUACUAGUUCAGAUGAUGAUGAAAAUGAAGAGCAUCAUGAUUCUUCCUUUAGAAGUUGGUUCUCUCGGUCAAGACAUCACAAACUUUCAGCGACUGAGAGCCCAGUUAAAUUGGAACCUGUUUUGACCAAUGAAUCUGCUAUUGCUGAGGGUACUCCUCAGCGGCAAGGAAGUAGGAGAGGUGGUUUCCGGGCAUUUUUUAAAAGAGACUCUGCUCAUGAAAAGGAAGAGCAGGUGAAUUUGCAGGUUGGUGCUCAGGGUGAUGAGGGCGUUGAACUGGCGAAAAGUGCUGGUGAUGCGCAAGAAGAAUCCAAGCUGCCAGAGACGCCAACGACACCAACAACUCCAACAAGUAGUAAAUUUUGGAAACAUUUUAGAAGUCAUCAUCAUCGUCACCGUCAUGCUACUGAGAUGGUGACUUCAUCUGGUGUGAGUGAAAUUCCAGCUGUUGAGACCUUAAGGCUUCCAAGUACCGACGACGCCGAUAUGAUUUCACAUGAAGAAAAACGCCAGAAAAAUAUGGCCAAACUGGCAGAUCAGUUAGAAGCUGUAUCUCCAGGAUCUUCUCCAGAACGUGAUGCCGGUGAACUAGAUGCAAUUAUGACUCCGGAGAGGAACGGUUUGAACGAAAACUCCUCAGAGUCUGCAAGUACCUCCAGUUCUAUAGAAAGAGCACAGCUAUUGAAAGAAAGGGUUGGACUAGUGUUUUCCGCUUCACCCGCAGAAAGUCACGAAGGUAAACCAGAUGAGGUAUCGCCUUUGACUCCACAUGGAGAUGUUGUAGAAAAUCCAUACAAUUAUGUCUUUGAACCUGCCAAACAAAAGUUCAUCACGCCUGUGGCACAGGAUUCUACCGUCAUUGACAACAGUUCCCUUGCACUUAAGAAUUUUGACAAUGCUUUGAAAUUGAUGACGAAGGAUGCUAAGAUCUCGUCAUACAUUGGCGGACGUUCAUCUGUCACAAUUGCUGAAAUUUCAAAUCAAUUGCUUGAUUUUAUUAAGCAUGAGGUCCAAUGUCAGGAGCAUCUUCGUGAAGAGAAUAAAGCUUUGUCUGGUGAUUUGGAAUCGAGCAAAAGUGAAUUGGCAAAUUUGCUAAGUGAGUUUAAGGCAAAAGAAGCAAACAACUUGGAACUACAGAAGCAAUUAGAUGAGGUCAAGGAAAAUGUCAAAGCGCACAGAGCUGAUUUAAUUUAUUCAAAGGAUGAGUGUCAGAAAAAAAUUGCUGAGAAACAGGAGCUGGAAAGGUCAUUGAAAGAAACUAGUGAAAUUUUGAAAUCACUGAAACUCGAGCUUUCUGAAUUCAAAGAACAAUGCUUGAAGAAGGAUGCAAAAAAGGUGGAGUUGGAGAAAGCGUUAGAUAAUUCAAACGAGAAAAUUUACAAAAUGGACAAAGAUUUGGAGGAAGCCACGGAUGAAAUCGAUAUGCUUUCUGAGGAAGUGGAGAGUUACAAGGGAAAAAUUCAAGAAGCUAAAACUAGCGAGAGGAUGGCGAUUGAAAGGGCAGAAAAGGAUAUCUCACAGGCUAAAAAAGAGACCGAGUCGGAAAUCAAGAGCAAGAAUGAAUUAAAAACAGAUAUUGCAGUUCUAAAAUCCAAGCUGGAAGAUUUACAGAAGGAACAUAAAAAUUUGGUUUUCGAUCAUGAAAUGUUACAAGAAAAGCACAGCAUUACGACCACAAGGCUUGCAGAUUUAGCGGGUACUUUCAGUAAGGAACAGGGAACUGAAAGAGAGAUGAGAGAUAAUAUUGAGGCGACUGGGAACAAAUUGCGUCGCUAUGAGAACACAAUUGAAAUACUCAAGAUUGGUAAUUUAAAAAUUCAAGAAAAUUUCCACAGGGAAAGACGUAAGGUACUUGACUUGAGACAAGAGAACAAUUUGUAUCAAAAACAACUUCAAUUCAUAGAGUGUCACAGGUCUCAAUCUCUUCAAUUCAUGUCGCAUUUGAUGUUCUACUACAGAAACAUUGUCACUGAUGAGACAUUGGCUCAGUUCGACUUCUAUCUGAAGAAAUUGAAUGAGUCAAACUUUGGUCUCAAUAUUGUUCGAAUGAAAGAUGAUGAACUUAAGGAAUGCUUUAAAGAACGUGAAGCCGUGGUGGUCAAGUUCUAUAAGGAAAUAGCCAAGCAAAUGUUCUUAGACCAAGUGGUGGCAAAGCAUGUGUCGUACAUGCGAUCCAAUAAUUUCCUCAGCAGCCAAUUGGCAGGUCUGAGAAAACAAAUCCAUGAAUAUGAGCAAUACGUGAAUCGUCUCCUAAAGGAGAUCAAAACUCAAAAGAAUAUACAAGGAAAAAAUAAACAAAAGAUUGAUCAAAUAUCGCAGAAAAAUGCUGAGUACAAAUCCAAGAUCUCUCAAAUAGCGAACUGA